AAGUGGUUAGUGGAAGGGUUACAGAGGAAAUUGCUCUCUGACUGAUAAGACAACCCAGCAGAAAGGACGGAUGCUGUUUCAUUAGGAUACAGUUGAUCCCCAGACAUAAUCAUGUUUUUGUGGCUUAAACUCUUGACAUUUGGCUUUGCGUUUCUGGACACUGAUAUCUUUGUCACAGGACAAGACACAAACGGUGUAGACGCAGGAACAAUUGAGGCUCAAAAGCCCUAUUCUUCACUUCCAACUGGCCCACCACCUACUCGCUCCACUGCAUUCUUACCCGCAAGCAUCUCUGAAAGAGAAAAUGGUGCCACAGUGACCAUGGCUUCUCUUAACUCACCUAUUACUUCAGCUGAUGUAUCCUCGGAUUCUGGCAGUAAUGUCAAAACUUUUGCUACUGAUGUGACAGGUGUGUCACCAACCAAGAGCAUCCAUCUUACCACCCAUGCAGCCUCUCACGCUCUCUCCGAUGGAUCUGUCAACCAAACACUCAGCAGCAGUCCUGCUGUCUUUCCCACACUCAUCGCUGAUACAGCGAAUAACUCAACAGAUUAUAAACCAGAAAUGCUUACCCCCACAUCCUUACCUGCAGACUCAAACUCUACAUCAGUAACAGAUUUCAAUCCAGCACGCAACAGCUCUGCUGUCCUUCCUUCACUCACUACUGCCAUCACCAUCACUGAUAAUAUUUCAGAUGUUUCUGAUUCUACAGUCAAUGUAAAACUCCAAACUACCACAGACAGCCCCUCAAGUUUUAGCCCUGCCUUGUAUGAUUCAAGAAAAGAAGAUAAUUCAAGUACUGAGCAAUGUGAUAAAUACAAAGAUAGGACUGUGAAUUAUACAUUUAUCUCAGGAAAAUAUCAUGCAAAUAUCAAUAUUUCUGAAAAUAUCACGUGUGAUUUUUCAACUCCUGGAUUGUGUCUUACAAACCUUAGUGAAUGCUCUUUGGUUGCUAUACAAAUUAAACCAUGUCCACAUGAAAACUUAAUAUUAAAGGUGCCUCCAGAUCCAGAACAUUUUAAGCUAAUUGAUAUCACAGAAGAAAAAGAAGCAGAUACUUCUAUUCAUUUAAAAUGGGAAGAUAGUAACCUAAAUGCUAAUUGUACAAGAAACUCUUUAUCCUACAAUUUUGAGUGUAAAAACCAGGAUGGCAACAAAUUACUUGGUAAUCAAUCAGGAAAAAAUAUGAAUGAAAUAAAAUUCAUUAAUUUGUUGCCUCAACAACUUUACAUCUGCCAUGCCUCUGUUACUUAUCACAACUACACUUUUAAAGUAAUGAAAAUGAAUAUUACAACAGACUUUGGAGUUCCUGCAAGACCAAGCAAUUUGACAUGGACAUCAAAAAGUGAAACAGAAAUUAAAAUUUCUUGGGUUGCACCUUCAGGCUCUUUUCAUGGCUUUGUCAUCCGGAGAAACAAUACAGAGAUAGAUUGUGAAUCCAAUUCUACAACCAAUUAUACUCUUUCAAAGUUGGAUCCUUAUACGAAAUACAAUGUAUCAGUAACAGCCUUCACAAAAGGAAAAACACGAAGGGAGUCAGAUGCUGUGAAUGAAUUCUUUUGGACAGAUAUUGGAAAACCAGACAAGGUUAAAGACAUGAAAGUACAUUUAAUGGGUGAUAAUACUGUAAUAGUGAUAUGCAAGGAGCCAGAUAAAACGCAUGGUCCCAAUUUGACCUAUUUUUUGAACAUGACACCUCCAUACAAGGAUCAACCCAAACAGAACAGAAGUUGCCAAUUUACACUGGAAAAUCUUCCUUUCAUGACUGCUUAUAAUUUUACGCUCUACGCUUUCAAUUGGAAGAAUUAUGGAGAGCCAGAUUAUAGAAUGAUACAAACAAGAUAUAAUUCCCAUGCACUCAUCAUGUUUCUGACAUUUUUGAUUAUUGUGACAUCAAUAAUUUUAUUAAUUGUUCUUUAUAAAAUCUAUGAUCUACACAAAAGAAGAUCAAGUAAUACAGAUGAACAGACAGAACUUGUUACAAGAGAUGAUGAAAAACAAAUAAUGAACGUGGAGCCAAUCCCUGCAGAGAUGUUAUUGGAAACAUAUAAGAGGAAGAUUGCUGAUGAAGGAAGACUUUUUCUGGCUGAAUUUCAGAGCAUUCCAAGGGUAUUCAGCAAGUUUUCAAGUAAAGAUGCACGCAAACCAUUUAAUCAGAACAAAAACCGUUACAUUGACAUCCUUCCCUAUGAUCAUAAUCGUGUUGAACUCUCUGAGAUAACUGGAGAUGCUGGAUCAGACUAUAUCAAUGCAAGUUAUGUGGAUGGUUUCAAAGAGCCAAGGAAAUAUAUUGCUGCACAAGGUCCCAGAGAAGAAACUGUUGAUGAUUUUUGGAGGAUGAUUUGGGAACAAAAAGUAACUGUUAUUGUCAUGGUGACUCGCUGUGAAGAAGGAAACCGGAACAAGUGUGCAGAAUACUGGCCAACAAUGGAAAAGGACACUCAAAUUUAUGGAGAUGUUAUUGUAAAGAUAAAUGAACACAAAACAUGUCCCGAUUACAUUGUUCGGAAACUGAAUAUCACAAAUAAAAGAGAGAAAACAUCUGGAAGAGAUGUUACACACAUUCAGUUCACCAGCUGGCCUGACCAUGGGGUACCAGAUGACCCUCAUCUGCUUCUCAAGUUGCGUCGAAGAGUUAAUGCCUUCAGUAACUUUUUCAGUGGUCCCAUUGUUGUCCAUUGCAGUGCUGGUGUUGGCCGAACAGGUACCUACAUUGGAAUUGAUGCUAUGUUGGAAGGACUAGAGGCUGAAAACCAAGUGGAUGUUUAUGGCUAUGUUGUAAAGCUUCGGCGACAAAGAUGUCUCAUGGUUCAAGUGGAAACACAAUACAUCCUGAUCCAUCAGGCUUUGGUAGAGUAUAAUCAGUUUGGAGAAACUGAAGUGAACAUGCAAGAGCUACAUUCCUAUCUAAAUAACAUGAAAAAGAGGGAUCCACCCAGUGAGCCUUCUCCAUUGGAGGCAGAAUUCCAGAGACUUCCCACAUAUAGAAAUUGGAGAUCCCAGCAUACUGGAAAUCAAGAAGAAAAUAAAAGCAAAAAUAGGAAUUCUAAGAUUAUUCCAUAUGAUUUUAACAGAGUGCUAUUGAAACAUGAAUUGGAGACCAGCAAAGAGAGUGAACAUGAUUCAGAAGAAUCAUCUGAUGAUGACAGUGACACUGAUGAGCCAAGCAAAUAUAUCAAUGCUUCUUUCAUAACUACCUACUGGAAACCUGAAGUGAUGAUUGCCACCCAAGGACCACUAAAGGAGACAAUCGCUGACUUCUGGCAAAUGGUCUUUCAAAAAAAGGUCAAAGUUAUUGUAAUGCUGACAGAUCUGAAGGACGGGGAGCAGGAAGUCUGUGCUCAAUACUGGGGAGAAGGAAAGCAAAAAUAUGAAGAUGUGGAAGUAGAAAUGAAAGACAUGAACAGAUCUACAGCUUAUACCAUUCGUAUAUUUGAACUGAGACAUGCAAAGAGGAAAGAUGUCCGAACAGUCUAUCAAUAUCAAUAUAAUGUCUGGAAAGGGGAAGACCUUCCUGCCCAACCCAAAGAAUUAAUUUCUAUGAUUCGAAACUUCAAAGAGAAACUUCCAAAGAAACAUGGCAUUGAAGGGCAAAAACACCAAAAGGCUGCAUCUCUUCUUGUUCACUGUCGGGAUGGAUCCCAAAAAACAGGAACAUUUUGUGCUUUGUUAAAUCUUUUAGAUUGUGUAGAUACAGAAGAUGUAAUUGAUGUUUUUCAAGUAGUGAAAUCUCUGCGCAGAGCUAGACCAGAAAUGGUUUCAUCCUUUGAACAAUACCAGUUCCUGUAUGAUAUCAUUGCCAGCACUUACCCUGCCCAGAAUGGACAAGUAAAGAAAAGCAGCCAUCAACAAGAUAAAAUUCAAUUUGACAAUGAAGUGGACACACCAAAUCAGAAUGCUAACUGUAUUAACUCAUCUGGUGAUCUGAAUAAGACCCAAGAAGAAAGCAAAAAGUCUGAAGAACCACAGAUCACAGAUAGUACUAAAGAGACUGAAAGCUCUUCAAAUGGUCCCACAAGUCCAAACUUAAUGGAAAGUACUUAAGGAAGAACAUAGAUCUAAGGCAUUGUUAAUGAAGCCUUUGACGUCCUUUCAUUUUUCUAUCUCCAAGAUGUAAAAAAGAAACAAAGGUCUGUUUGAAAUCUAUGGAAUUUAUGGAACUAGUGACAACAGCUUUUUUAAUCUUUGGGAAAUUUAUUUUAUAUGUUUUUACAAAAUUCUUUGUAUAGUCCAAUGCUCAUUCAAAAUAUUUUUCUACUAUUUACUAUUUCUUCAUCAGUUUUUGUUGGUUCUGUUUUGUUUUAAAAAGAAAUAUUUCAAGUGAAAUUCAUUUAUCUUAAAGGAGGAUAACUUAGGAACUAUCUUUUAUUCAUUCAAGGGGAAAAUCCAUUUUAAUCAGGUGUGUUAUUUAGUUUAGAACAUUUUAUUUUAUCAGUUAAAACCAGUCUGUAGGGCAUGUUUGAAAUGAAAACAAGUACAUUUUCCAAAAUGACCUCAAGAUGUCCCCAUUGUUCUAUGUAAACUAAUUUUGUAGUUCAAUGUUUAACUCCUAGGAGGGGACAUCUCAGAGCAGUAAUGUAUGUUUGUGCAAAGUCUAUUAAGGAAAUUCUUUUUAUUAAGUCUUGGCAUUCCUAUACACCAUGUGUUAGUAUUUAGUCCACUCUUUUUCCAUGCUUAUUUAACCUAAUUUAAAUAAGGUUAACAAAUGAACGUAUUUUACUGUCUCUGUUUGGUGCAUAUAACUUGUUUGAUAUAAACUGCUCUCUGUACAGGAUUUGGAAUUAAUUAUUUAACCACUGAAACUAGGAAUAAAAAGCAUUUGCUUACAAGGAGAUGUGAAAAGGUAGGACCAUUUCCAUUGAUUAUCUACUGUACUUACAUUGGCAGUUGACUCUGACUUACUGACCAGUUUUAGCUUCCCAGAUGAUUCCAUUACUUUUCAUUCUCUCCAUAUAUGCAAUACUUUCCCACAAACAUUUAUUAAUUAUCUAUUAUGUGCCGGCAUUAUGUCAUAUGUAUCAUCAUGUUCAUCAACAUAAAACUUUUAUUAUUGUUGCUAUGUGACCUGUUUGACAAAGGAAAAUGUCUGAAAGCACCAGAAGAGGGAUUUUUAGAAAUAAUGAUUUGGGAGAGCAAAUUUGGGAAACCUCAUCAGCACUAUGCAGUAGGUCUAUCACUAAUCAUACUAGUUUGGAACCAUUACAAUGAUGUAUUACCACUUGAUGCCUAAAUUCUCCAUCUGUAGCUUGAGAUAAUAGCUGCUAAACAAUUUAUGUAAAAUGCUGCCUACUAUUCAAGUAGAGGAGAUGUGUGAUUUUCAAACUAGAGUCUUUAUUACAUGACUAGCUUAUAACUAGUUGUUUAUUGCACUGGUUUAGAACACAAGAACAACCAACAAAAACAACAACAAAAGUUUUUAUAUAUGAUUCAAAAUAUGCAUUUCUUAUUGCUAUUUAAAUCUCUGCUAAGAAGCAUAAAAUAAAGAUUAUUUUUAAGAAAAAUAAUCACAAGAA